AUCCAUCAGCCCAAAUGGCGUCAGGACUACUUCUUCGGUAUCCCAUAUGCGCAGCCCCCUGUAGACGAGCUGCGAUUCCGCCCACCGCACUCUCUCAACACCUCCUGGGUAGGCGAGCACAACGCGACGGAGAUGGGCCCCAUGUGCUACGGGUAUGGGCCGACGCAGAUGGCUAAUGGCGAGCACGUGUCGGAGGAUUGGCUGACGUUGAAUGUAGUACGGGUAUUCAAUGUGUCCUCGUCUAAGGGCUUACUCCCGGUGGUGGUGUAUAUCUACGGGGGGCUCUUCAAGCACGGGGCGGGCAGCGACCCGCGCUAUAAUAUGAUAUCUUUGCUGCAGGUGGAGGUGCAAAACGGGCAGGAGUUUGUCGAGAUGACGCUGAACUACCGACUUAGCUACUGGAGAUUCCUCUAUGGGGAGGGGGUGGCGCGCGAGGGAGCGACCAACUUGGGCUUGUGUGAUCAGCGGUUGGCGCUGCAGUGGGUGCCGAACAUCGCGGCCUUUGGUGGCGACCCGACCAAAAUUACCAUCUGGGGUCAGGAGGCAGGCGCCUUCAGCGUCGGCUUGCAGCUGCUAGCUUACGCGGGCCGCGACGAUGGGCUCUUCCGCGCUGCGAUCGCCCAGAGUGGCAGUCCCAUGCUGAUGUGGCCCUCCGUCGCGGCCACGAACUGGCAGCCGCUGUAUGAGGCCUUUCUGAAUGCUACGAACUGCACCGAUGCCGUCUCGGGCAGCACGCUGGAUUGUCUACGCCGUGUCUCGGCCGCCACUCUCUCCGAAGUUUUCAGCAGGGACCUCACCACGUUCAACCGGCCUAACCCCGUCGUGGACGGCGAUUUUCUCCCAAAGUUGGGGUUUUCCGCGCUCGAGGCCGGCGACUUUGUCAGGGUGCUCCUGCUGCUCGGCACCGCGCAAGACGAG